CCCCUCCUCCCUCCUGGAGAGCAGGUCCUUUCCCUGGAAGCUGGAUGAAUUAUCGGGGAGUUGGGAACAAGUGCGAGAAGCAAGCGUCGGCUCCUCGCUGCUCCGGCCAGGGAAGAAGAGACUCCGGAGCCCGAGCUACGGAGGAUGAUGGAGGGGACGUCCCUGUAUCUGCCUGUUGUGGUUCUACUCAUGCAAUGUUCCCCGUCUGUUCCCGUUACCGUGUCGACCAACAGUCCCAAGGUGGAGGUGCGCGAGUUCUCAGACGCGGUGCUGUCCUGCCAGUUCCGCACGGAGAAGGACCAGCACCCGCGCAUCGAGUGGAAGAAGAAGGGGAAAGGGGUUUCCUUCGUGUACUUUGACGGAAACUUCAAAGUUCCCUUCGAAGGCCGCGCCACCAUUGAUGGCGCCACGGUGACCCUGCAGCGGGUGACCCAGGAGGACGCCGGCGACUACCGCUGUGAGAUCAGUGCUCCUCAGGACUCCGUCACCCUGGGCGAGACCAACGUGACGCUGAAAGUCCUCGUGCCCCCCCACACCCCGUCCUGCGAGAUCCCCAGCUCGGCGGUGACGGGCUCGGUGGUGAAGCUGCGCUGCCGGGACCAGCAGAGCAUCCCGCCCGCCACGUACUCCUGGUUCAAGGACAACCUGCCAAUCAGCACGCCACGCCACGCCAACGCCACCUAUCUAAUCAACUCACACACGGGAGUACUGGAGUUUAAAGCUGUAGCCAAAGAGGACACCGGCCGGUACAGCUGCCUGGCAUCCAACGGGGUGGGACCGCCCAAAACUUGCGAGGCCAAGCACAUGGCAAUAGAGGAUGUCAACAUCACCGCCGUGGUGGCGGCCGUGGUGGUGGUCGCCCUGUUGGUCAUGGUGUGCAGCUGUGGCGGGCUCCUCCUGCACCGCAACGGUUUCUUCAGCCCAGGACACAGAGGAAGGUCCUUUUGGAUCUCCCAGUGUCAUGGUGCAGCCCACAUCAGCAGCCAAACCCUGCACAGAACAGAGGACACGUCCAAUGUCAACUACGUCCCUCCACCCCAAGAAGAUUUUAAACACACCCAGUCGUUCAUGCUCUGAGAAGCUGGCCUUUCUUUGAGGAGACGUCACCCUCGUGAAAAAGGUGCCAACACUGGAUUCUCUGAUUUAGUCUUUUCUUUCUCUGGACCCUGAAUGAGCUCUUGAUCUUCCACCACAUGCUAAUUUCAAUCUUCCUUCCUCUACCGCUCCCUCUCGGACGAGAUUACGAAAAGCAAAACUGCAAGGCUUCUUACUCUCCUGCUUUGCUGUGUGGCUCGACUCUUGUCAUUGAUGUGUUCUGCUCUUAUGGGAUUAAGUAGUUUCAUGGCCCUCUGCUCCCCCCUGGUGGUCAGAUACAGGAACUACUGGAGACUUAAACUCACUUUUCUUCCCUCUGCAGGCCGCUUAUUUACGUCUGUUUUGUUUUACCAAAGACUGACAGUUAAAUCUAAAAGGACAUUUAGAAUCUUUGUUUGAAAAAGUGAAUCAUCACAUGGGGAUUUCUCGUUAAAGCCAUAGGGAAUGACCAGUUCAGUCGACUCCAACAUUAAUGCAGUUUACCUCAGCCAGUAUUGUCUUCUGUAAUACUUCCCAGGGGCCACAGUGCCACAAAAGACCCUUGUGGUCUUGUAAGAAUACAAACACAGACAAAGCCAGUCCGGAAGAACAGGAAGCCGCUCCAGCCAAUUCUAUUGAGACCAACCCCAUUCCAUCCUGAUGUGCCUGCAUGGUCUUUUUAUACACAUAUACAUAUAUAUAUAUAUAUAUAUAAAUAUAUAUAUACCUUGUGCCUUUUAAUUUGUCUGUCAUGUAUCUAUGAAACACAGCUUUUUGUAAAGAAUUUGCCUUACUUUUUUCUGUCUUUAUAUUUUUGUGCCACUGUUUAUCAAAAAUUGAGUGUCUGUUUUUAGACAGUGUGUGAAUGGAUUGUUCAGAGUUUUAUUUGA